GGGUGAAUAUAAAUGAAUUUCAAUCGAUUUCAUAAAUACCCAAAAUACCCGGGUAAAUACCCAGGGUAUUUACCCUGAGUUUUAAAUACCCGGGUAUUUUACAUCACUACUUACUUACUUAUUAUUCAGGAAAAACUUACUCAACAUGUAUCGCAACAGUUUCGAUACCGCUUGACAGGCAUAAGUUCAUCAAAGGCCAGGCCUAAGUAGUUAACAAAACAAUUUGCUUUCAGACUAUUUACUAUACGUGUACAAUACACUAACACAACAAUAACACACUUCUCUAACAGAUCUAGGCCUAUCGUAAUUUUAACUUUUUUACUACUGAAGCAGAUUAACCAGUUAGGAUGGAGCAACAAAAUCAACAAUAUAUAAUAGUUGAAGGCACACCUGACAAUGCAGAGGAAUAUGUCCUCAUAGAAAUAGAUGAAAAUAUGCCUCAGGAGGAACUUAUAAAAUUUGCACAAGAGCUAAACAAAGAACCAGCGGUCAUUGAAUCCCCUCCGGUUGCUGAACCAGUUAAAGAAGAACCAAUAAUCCAAAAGACGCAAUUCAAGGCGGUAGAAGGUCGUGCAAAACAGAAGACAAAAGAUGGAAUGUAUUCUAACGUGUUGAAGAAUUUCACCAAGGACUGGGAGGCAAUGGUGCUUCGGGUAUCUGAUAAGGAACGAGAGCAGGAUCACGCUGAGGAACAGCGAGAGUUGGCUCAGCAGCAAGCCUGGGAAAAAAGGCUAAUCCAGCGACAGAGCGCUGCACUGACACAAAUUAACAACGACUUCUUAAAUGGACUUAGAGAGUUGUUGCAGGAGUAUAAGGCUAGGAAACAAUAACAAUUGAAUAUAAUUUGUUGUAAAUAUAUGUUUUGACAGUAA